AUGAAGAUAAGCCCACACGAGAACCCGAAACAAUUUUCCGCGUUGGCUCCGGGACCGGCGCGCAUGUUCACACCGCAGACGUCGACUGCUGUCAGUAGGCCAAAGAAGAAUUCCACAGCUUGCCUGGCAUGCAAAGCAGCAAAGAGGAAGUGCUCUGGACCAGAUGCCCCAUGUAAAGCUUGUCGAUCCACCAACACCAUAUGUCUCUUUGAUCCAAGUCGAGACCUUAGACGAAAGGUUGCCGUCAAGCGGACGAUCCAGGAGCUCACAAGCCAUCUAGAUCUACUGAAGGCUUUGUUGGACACGCUCGCGUCGGAUGAUCGACUUCAGUUUGACAAAGUCGUGGAUUUGAUCCAGAAAAAGGCUACGUUCAAAGAUAUCGCCCAUGCUGUCGGAUGCCCCACCGCGAUGUUCGGAGACUCCCAAGAGUUGUCAGAGACCACCAAAUCGGUAAUUUUAAUUUAUUCGGAGCGUCCCAUAGAAAAUUUGGACAAUGAGGAUCGACGCCCAUCGGACGCUGGAACUAUAGCAAGCUCACCAGAAGAGAUUCCAAACAUGAAACCUCCGCAAUGGCCAACAGUUAGCCCUUAUGCUCGUGUCACACUGGAGAGCCUCUGUGACAUACCUCUCUUCGAGGUGCCGGCAAAGCCGUGGACAAAGAUCACAAAUGAUGAUUAUCUGGUCUCGCACCUAGUCUCGCUCUACUUUACCUGGGACCACCCUUGCUCGCAGUUCCUUGAUCAACGUAUCUUCCUCGACCAUAUGAAACUCCGUCGAAGAUCAGAGUUCUGCACGCCCCUUCUCGUCAAUAGCCUAUUGUCAAUGGCCAGUACCUAUUCUGAUAGCCCCGAUGUUCUUUCCACUCCCGAGAACGUGUUCUCGCGGGGCCAGAACUUUUUCCUUGAGGCACAAAGAUUGUGGGAAAUUGAGGAUGAUCACCACGACCUGCCUAACAUCCAGGCCCUCCUCAUGAUGUGUUGUGUAUUCAAAUGUCAAGGACGCACCAGGAAAAGCUGGAUGAUGCUUACUCAAGCAGUUCAGCUAGCACGGGAUAUAGGACUCUUUGAUGCACCAUCAGUGUCGAAUAAGAAAAUGUUGCCAGAGAUGGAACGGGUUCGCGCGAUCACUGCCUGGGGUGUCUUCAACUUGAGCUCACAAAUGUCGAUUGAACUGCAGAAGAUUGCUUCCUUGGAAUAUCCCACGUUAGAUGUCAAGCUGUGUGGCAACGAUGACUUUGACUGGACCCCAUACCCUCGCUCCAACAAGGUCACAUAUGACAAAAAGCCAGCCCUUCUCCCCAAAGUUAGGGAGGGACUGGCUGAGGUCACUAGGAUCUUAGUCGAUGUUCAGAAGCUUGGUUCUGACAAAAUUAGAGGCGCCACUUUGGAUGAGUUGUGGAAUAAAGCUCACGGCCCAUUCGAUCGUUUGAAUGAUUGGCUGCAACACUGGCCGGGUGUGCCCGAAGCACAAAGAAAUUCGGUCCCACAAGUCCUUCUCUUGCGAAUUCAAUGUCUCCAGGCCAUCAUAUAUCUGUUUGAGGGUUUAAAAGACCCUCAUGAGCCACAAUAUGUCCGACAGGCCCAGUUCUAUCAGGUUAAGGCCGUCGAGGAAAUGGCGAAUUGCCUUCGCAUCCAUCGCCAGUCGUAUGGUCUCAAUCAUAUACCCAGCCAGAUAGUCGAUGCCAUACAGGCAGGUCUUCGGAUCUCGGUUCAUCAGUUGGAAGAAAGUGACCAAACAAGGCAGGCAUUUACUGAACUCUGUCGGUUUGGAAUGGCCCUUAGUCACAGGUUUAAGCAGACAGCCGACGUGAUUCAUGAGGUCAGAAGAGUUGCGCUGCACCUUGACGUCCAACUACCAGCUGAGGUUAUUGAAAUCUUCGAUGAGCCGGAGCAGUGGAGUCUUGAGCCCUGA